UACCGAUAGCAAUGGAGCCAGGCUUAGCAGUCGAGGAGAUAGUGAUCAAACCGGAGGUCAUCCUCAUCUCAGACGAUGACACAGAUUACAAUGGGGAGCCACAAAAAAAACGUCGCCGGCGGUUUGUGAAGAAAUCCCCUCAUCCUUGUGAAGACUGUGACAAGAUCUUCCAAACAGGAUACGAGCUAAAAAAACAUAAGCGAACACACACCGGGGAACGGCCGUAUAUGUGUACCACAUGUGGCAAAACUUACACACAGCUCGGCCAUCUUAGUAUCCACGCACUGACGCAUCAAGGCAUAAAAAACUUCAACUGCGUCGAGUGUGGCGCGUCGUUCUACAGGAAAGCCGACCUGGACCGCCACGAGAAGAUACACACGGGGGACAAACCACACGAGUGCGAAAUAUGCUGCAAGAGUUUUGUGCAGAAAAAUAAUCUGGUCAUGCACCUAAAGAUGCAUUCGGGGGAGAAACCACACGAGUGCCAGGUGUGUAAAAAGAGGUUCCUGACGCGGAGUAAGCUGGUCCUACAUUCCAAACGGCACGAGAAAGACAAGAAAAUCAAGAAAGAGUUCCUUGAACAGAUGAUGGUGUAAAUAUUUAAGAAAUUAAA